UUGCAGUGUUAAUCAUUUUAAUCUUUGGUGCUAAUAAAACAUUUGUCAAUUAGUAUUUCCCUUUGCGAUUCCGUUUCGUGUAUCCGUACUGCCGGAGUACGAGGAAGAUGGGAGAAGAAGCCCCUCCUGCUGUUGACAUCGAUCCCUCAUCAUCAUCGCUGCCUUUACCUUCGCAAAACAAAGAAAAAGCAUGGCACUCUUACAUCUCAGAGGAUCUGCCUCGCACCGUACAAGAGUCUACUGACUCCGCCCUACGCUCUGCCCGUUCCAUCCAAUAUACUUCCUCCACCCACCUCCGCACUCUUCAGGAUUUUAUGCCAAAGAUAAAAGCCCAGUAUACAACAUAUGAAGAAGUUUUCUUCAGGAAAAUUAAAGAUGAGUUGGUAACUGCGAGAGAGCACCCUGCUAUGGCUGGGGGAAUUGGUAUUGCUGCUGGCCUCCUCCUCAUGCGAGGACCUAGAAGAUUUCUGUUUCGUCAAACACUUGGCCGUCUCCAGAGUGAAGAGGCUAAGUUUAGUAAAGCUGAGAAGAAUGUGAAAGAGUUGAGCCUGUCUGUUGACUUAAUGAAAAAAGAGAGUAAAAAGCUGCUUGAAAGAGCGGCUCUCGCUGAAAAGGAUAUGAAACGUGGCCUGUCUGACCUCAUGGAUGCUGGAAAUCAGAUCCAAAGUAUUGGAAAAACUGUAUACAAAGUUGAAGCUCAAGCUGCUGAUUUGAUGGAUGUGCUGCGGGAAAUUCCGGGUAGAGAGGCUUUAAAGCUACGAGCAGAGGUUGCUUCUAUGGCAUCGCAUCUGCGUCAACAAAGGACUGCAAUUGACAAAAGGAUUGUCAAGGUUUCUGAACUCGGUGUUCCUAUAUGAGGAGAUCGCCAAUUUGGAGAGAAAUGCUUCAAGUCCGUUUGCACGGAUGAGUAUUGAAUAUUGAGGAGGGCUUAUAUCAUAUGGAUGAACAGUUCAUCUGCCCCUCCCCCCUAAGGUGUGAUGGGGAAGUGGGGUUAGAGCUUUUUACAUUUGAUUGGUCCCCCAAAAGAGUGUGCAAUUUAUGGAAAUCUUACUAGUCAGGAAAUCUGUAGCAAUAAGCUUUCUGCAUCAUUUGGUGGAUGCACUGUCUCGUUCUGGAAUUCGAUAUAUUCAUCUUUUUAUACUUCAUAGCUUGAUUAGCUAAAUUUCUAAGAGCAAGCCCAUUGCAGUUCGACAAGAUUUCUUGGGUUGUAAUAGUUUUUCGGUGAAAGGCCAAAAUUGCCCAUGUAUUAUUCGUACAGGGACACUUUUACCCUCUGUUAAUAGUUGGGCAUUUUUUUUGCCCCUGCUAUUAUAAAACUGGCAAAUAUUUGCCCUAUGAUUUGCGAAAGGUUCAAUUUUAUCCCUUUUCA